CAUUCGACUGGUUCGCAUGCUAAAUCCCAGUUUAAAUGCUUUGGUACGUUUUUGCAUAACCAAAAUUGUCAUGCGUUAGUGUACCUGGACCAUUUUGCAUGCUAAGUUCCACCAUUCGUUUUGGUACCCUAUUGUUUAAGUGCAUGGGUACGUUUUUGCAUAACCAAAAUUGUCAUGCGUUUUUGUACCCGGUCCAAAAUCCAUAAAGUUACCGAAACGCAUAUGACACCGGCUUAAACUUGGAAAUUAUAGCAAAAUAUUUUCUUGUUUUGCUGAAAUGAAAUUUUGUUUGUAGCUGUCUUCUGUUGUUGUUUUUAAUGUUGACGUCACCCUCACUCAUGACAUGUUUUCAGAUGGAGGCUGUAGGACAACAGGAGAGCCUUCACUUCACUCCAAAGUUUUCAGUAAAUUUGUUCUGAGAACAAUUCGGAAAACGAAGAAUAAAGCAUAUUUCCUUCGAUGAUUGCGUUUUCUUGACCAUGUAUCAAUGAGAACUGACUCUUGAAGAUUACAGUCGAAGCUUUGGUAUUAUCAAACAUCUCGGCGGAGGAACUUUCAUGACAUUGUCUUAUUAGGCCUACAAAAUGAGCGAAACAGAUACAAUUACCCCACAAAAUGAAAGUCCAGAAAAGCAGUACGAAGAUAAAAAACAGGAAUCAGCUGAAUCAAAGGAAAAUGUUACCGAGGAAGAUGAAGUUGAAGAAAUUCUUUCAACUGGUGUGAAGCAGGAAAGGCUGGAAGAAGCAAAUAAUUUGAAGGCUAAAGGAAAUUCACAAUUUAUCAAUGGAGAGUAUGAAACUGCUAUGGAUAUAUACACAGAUGCUCUGAAGAUUUGCCCUAAAGAUUGUACCAAGCAAUUGUCAGUUUUGUUUGCAAAUAGAGCAGCAUGUUAUGUGAAAAUGGGAGAAAGCUUAUCUGCAAUUCAUGAUUGCACUUCAGCUUUGGAACUUGAUAAAUGUUAUAUUAAAGCAAGACUAAGGAGAGCUCAAGCAUAUGAAGCUCAAGAAAAAUUAGAAGAUGCUUUUGAAGAUUACAAAAAAGUUUUAGAAUUAGACAGAAGUUGUACAGUUGCUGGUGAAGCUGUGAAGCGGUUGCCAGAUCAAAUAAAUGCUAGAAAUGAAAAACUAAAAGAAGAAAUGUUUGGAAAAUUAAAAGAGUUGGGCAAUAUGGUUUUAGGACCAUUUGGUCUCUCAACUGACAAUUUCAAAGUACAACAAGACCCAUCUUCUGGUGGGUAUUCAAUUAAUUUCCAGAAGUAGCGUGAAAAAUUGUAGUAUAUUUAAAGAUGUUUAAAAUACAUUUUGCACAAAUAUAAUUGUUUAAUUUUGACUUACUAACAAUGUUAGAAAAUUUUACUUUUAAACAUAGGUAUGGAGAAAUUUUUUUCAUUUAGGCCGUCCUGUCUGAAAGUCUUACAGAUUCUUUCAUAAGGUUGCAAAUUGUGAUAAUUCAAAUGUCAAAAUGAAUCUAAUUAGAACUUCUCAUCUUAGAAGUGUGACACAAAGCCCAACAGAUGUAUAAUUAUAAGAAUUUUUGUUUUCAAUCUAAGUUUGUUUUGAAUAGAACCACAAAAACUAAUGCUAU